AUUCUGUCGAUAUAUGGAUGGAGUGAAGAAUCAAUGAAUAAAUUGUGAAAAAUUGUAGGUAUUGUGUCGCCCAGUAAUAUCACGGUGAUGCCGAUCUGCAUUCCUAGGUAUACUGCAUCAAUGUCACCGAAUCGUGAAGUUUGUCAGCGUUAUCACGUGACGUUCGUGUUAACGUAUUGGAUUAUUUUAUUUCUCUGCAUAGCGAUGUUUGUAGACUGCGGAAGAAGAGGAACUCCUCGUUGGUGGAAUGUUGUUCAGCUUUUACCUCCACAAACUCGAAAUCGGCUUCAUAUUUUAAGGACGCUAUCAGGCCCAGUUCAGUCGACGUUAUCAUGCUCUAAAAUACCUGGACUUGUACCGAGACAACUUCGAUUUUGUCGAAAUUAUAAAGAGCUUAUGCAAAGUAUUGCCGAAGGAACAAAAUUUGGAAUAAACGAAUGUAAAUAUCAGUUCAAGGGACGAAGAUGGAAUUGUAGCACAAUCACGUUAAAUUCUGCGAAAGUAUUUAAAAGAAAAAGUAUAUUCGGAAGUGUUCUGGAAACAGCUUCAAGGGAAGCUGCAUUUGUGCAUGCUAUAACAACAGCCGGUAUAGCUUACGCAGUGACAAAAGCUUGUUCAGCGGGAAGACUAAGUUUAUGUGGGUGUAAUCCAACAACCCAAAACUUGCCAGUCGAACUCGAACGACAACUCGAAAAUCGAAAUUGGAGGUGGGGAGGUUGCAAUGAUCACAUAGACUAUGGAAUCAAAAUUUCUCAAGACUUUGUGGACGCCCAAGUUCGGGUGACGUCGGCCCGCUCAUUGAUGAAUAAACAUAAUAAUGAAGCUGGACGACAAGCCAUAAAGAACAAUAUGUGGGUAAAAUGCAAAUGCCACGGACUAUCUGGAAGUUGUGAUCUUCAGACAUGUUGGUGGUCAACCCCAUCUUUUCGUAGGGUUGGGAAUAUUUUAAAAGAAAAAUAUGAUGCAGCUUCAGAAAUGGUGAUGGAAACACAUAAAGAAGUUACUGGGAGAGUUGAAGUUUUAAACCCAAAAUUCUCUUCAUUUCAACCGCCAGGAUCAGGCGACUUAAUUUAUUAUCAGAGUUCGCUCGAUUAUUGUGAGCCAAAUCGAAGACGUGGCAUACUUGGUACAAAAAACCGUCGGUGUAACGCCACAUCGGCCGGCAUCGAAGGCUGCGAUUUACUGUGCUGCGAGAGGGGAUAUGAGUCCAAGACGAUCGUGCGAAAAGAAAGGUGUAACUGCGUAUUUCAUUGGUGCUGUCAUGUGACAUGCAAAGAGUGCAUGAAUGAAUACGAAGAACACACAUGCAAAUGAUGAAAAACAACACUUGCUUGUAAUACAAGGAAAUGUUUUCGCCAUAGACGCUAAAAAAACAAAUGCUUAAAAUUUCUGAAAAAAGUUCAUUUCAUAUUUUUAAAUUGUUCCGUGUCGAGUCGGCAUAUCUAUAUUAGUAUCAGUCUGUAUUUAUUUCAGUUUUGUUUAUAACUUCGAUUUUAUUCAUAUAUACUUCAAUAAACAAUACUUUAUGGAA